AUGGAGCAUACUCAGAAAACAAGCAUCUUAUCUGAAGACCCUCCGGCCUAUGCAAAACAUGAUUGGAGACACGCUGAAGAAUUCUGGGAAGCGAGAGAAUCGAAAUCGCCCAUUCAAAGGUGGAAAAUGUCUAUUUGUAUCGAUGUAGCCUUUUUGAAGUCAGCACACCGGUUCUCUUCUCCGCAGAGCUUCCGAGAUGGAAGAAUAAAUUAUCUACAGGCCAAGUCCCGAGUGAGAUGUUUCCGCCAGGAAAUCAAGGAAAGAGACCUGAGCUAUGAGGAUAUUAAACCAAUGAAAAUGUCCGUUUACGGCGAAUAUGCUAAGGUGAUGAAUUUGGUUGAAGCUUGGACAGGUGAGUGA